GGUAAAGAUUUAACGAGCAUAAAUGAUGAUUGUCCAACAGAUUUUGAUUAUCCAACGGAUUUUGAAUGUGUGUGUCCAGAAAUUAAAAGAAUUUUAGUCGGAACAAACAUCGGAUCAUUUUUAUCCGGCAUGUUAUUUUUAGCAGGAGGUUUUUAUCUACAUAAAAGGUUAUUGCGCUUGCGAAAGCGGAAAUUAUUUGAUGAUCAUGGACCAAAUAAUCAAGUAGUCUUUUAA